AUGGGGAAUACACCCACAUUCCAGAUUCCUCUCUUCCUCCUAUCACUCUUCAUUUAUUUGGCAACUGUGAGUGGGAAUAUCCUCAUAGUUGUACUGGUAGUGUCAGAGAAACGUCUGCACACCCCCAUGUACGCUUUCCUGGGCACUCUGUCCUCCUUGGAGAUCUGGUACAGCUCCACCAUCCUGCCCCGGCUGCUGGCUAGCUUCCUCACUGGGGACAGGACCAUCUCUGCUCAUGGCUGUAUCGCUCAGUUCUACUUCUUCAGCUCUCUGGGAGCUACAGAGUGUUACCUGCUGGGGGCCAUGUCCUGUGAUCGGUACUUGGCUAUAUGCCAGCCCCUGCUCUACGCAAGCCUCAUGACCUGGAAAGUCUGUCUACAGCUGGUGGCUGUAUCUUGGGUAAUGGGCAAUCUGGUGUCCAUAACAGUCACAACCUUUUUAUCCCAGAUGAAUUUCUGUGGCCCUAAGACAAUCGACCACUUCUUCUGUGACUUUAACCCUCUGGUGGAUCAUUCCUGCAGUGACACCAGUGUGCUGACAGUUGUAUCUUUCACCGUGUCUUUCCUAAGCAUUAUCUUCCCCUUCUUUUUUACGCUGGUCUCCUAUGUGUGCAUCAUAGCUGCCAUCCUGAGGAUUCCAUCCAGUGUGGGCAGGCAGAAGGCCUUCUCUACCUGCUCCUCUCACCUCAUUGUUGUCACUAUUUUCUAUGUCACCCUCCUCAUUGACUACCUGAUGCCCAGAACGGCUCCACUGAGGCAGCUCAACAAAGUGUUCUCCUUUUUCUACACCAUCCUGACGCCCCUGGUUAAUCCCCUCAUCUAUAGCCUGAGAAACAGGGAG